GAUGGCGUAGGUAGCAUAGAGAGAGAGGCACCUGUUAUAACAGGCUAUGGAUAAUCCGUUAUCUUUUCAUUCGAGCUCAUUAUAAAGGUUAUUUUUUCCUUCCUAAAUCUGGAAAUAUUUACUCUCAAGUAUAAUGUUAUAGAAAUGAACUUUUCACAAAUAUGCAAUUUGACAUUUUUUCGUAUACUUCUUUUGCUAUGUUUAUUUGGAACUCUCUAUUUAAUCCUCCAAUCCGAAGCUGGAUUUUUACCGAAAUUGCAGGUGGGAUCUCGUAAACUACAAACAAAUGACAUCAAAGAAAUACCAGGAAAAGGAAAAGCCGUGGGUGUGAGGGAAGAUGAAAAUCCGUCAGGAAGCCGUUUUUUAUCAUUUUGUUUCGAAGAAGCUGACUUUUCAAAGUCAUGUUCUUACAGAAAUGUCUCAUCACCUGAUAACAUUGAAAUAGCUAUGAUACUUACAAAAGCUCACGAAAUUCGUGGAUUAAAAGAAAAAUUUUCAGUUUCUGUUUCUUCAAUAUUUCAACAUACAAAUUCAACAUUAAGAUUUCAUCUUAUAUGUGAUGAUCACAGUAUGAUUAUUGCAAGAAAAGUCAUUCAGAGCAUAGGCAGUUUAGCAAAUAAUUUUGUGCAGAUUUUUUUCUAUCAUGUGGACUAUGUCAUUAAGCCAGUUGAAGAUGUGAUUUCCUAUCUUCAGCCCCACUUUACUUACAAACCUGGAGCCUAUUAUAGUGAUUCUUUAUUUUUUCUCUCUAUUGUUAUCUACAGGGUGUUUCCACAAGAGAGACUCCUUAUGAUAGAUGUAGAUACCAAAUUUAUGUCUGAUGUGAGUGAUCUCUAUUCUCAUUUUAAAAACUUCACAUCUCAGACUGUAAUUGGAUUAGCUUACGAACAGCAACCCGUGUAUCACCACUUACUUCAUGAAUAUCACCAAGCUCAACCUGAUUCUUUGGCUGGCAUGCCUCAACCAGCUGGUUCUCCAGGGUUUAAUAGUGGUGUUUUGCUCUUAGAACUUCAGAGUAUGCGUAAUUCUAAUCUUUAUCAAAAUCUUAUUCAAGAAACUGCAGUUAAAAAGUUGGUACAAAAGUACAAAUUCAAAGGGCAUCUUGGUGAUCAGGAUUUGUAUUCACUCUUGGGAUUUGAACAUAAGGAGUUAUUUCACAUUCUUCCUUGUACUUGGAACAGACAAUUGUGUCAUUGGUGGAAGGAUCAUGGGUAUGAAGAUGUCUUUGAAGAUUAUAAUCAAUGUGAUGGAGAAAUCAACCUAUACCAUGGUAACUGUAACACUCAGAUUCCUGACUAACAUUAUAAUUAUUAUUAAUCAAAUAUGCUCACAGUGUGUUUAUACAAUAUAUAUAUAUAUAUAUAUAGAGAGAGAGAGAGAGAAAUAAUUUUCAUAAGUUACUCUAACAAAGUGCAUUAUAUAUAAUAAGGAAAUCUAAAAUGUAGUAUACUUUAUUAAGCAAUCAUUUUUGUGUCUUUCUUCAGUAAAAUAAAUCUUUGAUUUGUGUGUUAACUGUCUUCAUAAAUGUACAGUAUGUGGCUUUCCACAUUUAUGUAACUUGUACACCGCUCUUUCUAGUUAUUCACAUAUAGUUCAUUAUGCUUAAGUUGAAAAAUAAUUUCAAAACUACUCAUAUUCAUGAUAAAAACAGUCAUGCAGAAAAGUAACUUUACUGGAUGUUUAUGGACAAUGCAGCAAAAUAUUUUACAAAAUGCAUUUGGAAGUUGCUUUGUUUUCUAAACUUAACAUUAUGAUUUUUCUAACUUAAGCUGUAGGCUUUAGAGGUGUUACUGUUGUAUUUUAGAUUAAUUUGAUAUGGAUAUAGCCUAGUUAAAAUUGGAAAUUUUCUAGAAGUGAAGCAUAUUCUUAUGCGAUAAAGAAAAUUUUUAGUUGUAACAAAGAUAAUAUACAGGUACUAUUAGCCAAUAUGACUUUUGCUUGUAAGAAAUAUAUUGCAUAUAAGCAAAAUUCCAUACCACAGUGGUUAAAUGCCCAGCUAUUAGUAGUCAAAAUAGAUGCUGAUUUACUUAUUAUGAAGUUGAGUAAUUGAUAAAUAUUCACAAUUGAUUCCAAGACUGAGUGAGGAGAACCUCUUUAACAUGUAACAUUCUAGCAUUGGUGGCUCUACAUUAAAUCUUGAAACUGAAACUUCAUUAACUGAUGUGAUGGUAUGUCUACCAGUUCAGAUUGGAAUUGGGUCUUCAUUAAACAAGGUAAUGGUGUGUCUACCAGUUCAGAUUGGAAUUGGGUCUUCAUUAAACAAGGUAAUGGUGUGUCUACUAGUUCAGAUUGGAAUUGGGUCUUCAUUAAACAAGGUAAUGGUGUGUCUACCAGUUUACAUUGGAAUUGGGUCUUCAUUAAACAAGGUAAUGGUGUGUCUACCAGUUCAGAUUGAAAUUGGACCUUCAUUAAACAAGUUAAUGGUGUGUGUACCAGUUCAAAUUGAAAUUGGACCUUCAUUAAACAAGUUAAUGGUGUGUGUACCAGUUCAAAUUGAAAUUGGACCUUCAUUAAACAAUGUUAUGGUGUGUCUACCAGUUCAGAUUGAAAUUGGACCUUCAUUAAACAAGGUAAUGGUGUGUCUACCAGUUCAGAUUGAAAUUGGUAGCCAGAAAUGUACUUAUGGAUACUGGUUACCAGGGGAUGUUUAGUAUUAUUACCAGCCUCAAUCACUCAUGAAUUAUGCUCACUACAAAUCUAGAUCAGAUUUUGACUCUCAUAGGUAAUCUGGUUAAAACAGUUGCAGGCUGAUGCCAUGAACCUUAAGAAUUGAUAUAAUAUUUGUUUGAUUAUUUCAAAACAUCUUGCAUUAUAAAAAAAAAAA